CUCUAGUCAGGUUCGACGUCGGCAGCCAUGCUCAAUUUGAUCAUGAUGAAGGGUGUAUCGGAUGGUAGUUCUAACCAAACACGGAUGUAUGAGCUUUGCUCAGCCACUGGUCCACCAAUGCGCAGUCUUGCCAAGCUACGUCCGAUUGUCGCCAAACAGUGAUGACACAGCAAAUCACUAGGUCAUGGCCCAACUUCCUCACUCACCAUACAAUCCGUUCUUGUCCCGCGCAGAAGUAGCCCCGACUCCGACCGGGGCGAGCUAUCAACCACCCCCAGGCCCGCCUCCCCCUGGUGGCUCUCAAGUCCACACAGCAGCACCAUCAUCCUCUGGCCCCGUACAUGCCGAAUCAACACCAGCUUCGUCCAACUCGGACGCAAGUCUCGAGCUGUUGAGCGAGGAUAUGCCUCCAGCGUACACUCUCGGGCCUGACAUCUACCAGGGCGAAAGAUCUCUUGAAUAUGGGCCUGCUCGCCCGUUCCAGCCCCCGCCGCCGCAGCCUCAACUGACUGCCGGAAUGUACUCUCAUCCACCUGGGCAGCAGCAUCAGCAAUAUCACCCUCCUCCUCCCCACGGCUGGUCCGGCCCUGCGCUUCAGUAUCCGCCCCCUCCCAUGCAUCCAUCGCAAGCGCCACCCGGGCCGAUAUCGGAUUUCGCGCGAGAUUUUUACGCCUCGGGCGCAGGUCCUUCGACUUCGGGCAGUCAGCAGCAGUAUGCGCCACCUCCAGGGCCUCCUUCGCUGCAGCAGCAAUAUGCGCCACCUCCCGGCCCUCCGCCUGUAGAACAGAAAGUGCCAUCAGCACCUGAUGACCAGCGACCGACCACCAUGCCCACACCUGGGCACCCGUUGCUUAGAAACGGGAAGACGUUGGUAUAUCCACGGGGGUGCGAUGUUUCGAGCGACCUUGCUGGCGGCCUGUGCUCACGCAACCCAGAUAUCAAUGUCACAAGUGCAGCAAUUCGGGAUACAAGAACUUCGACCCGACUCGACCUUGUUCGAAAUGCUGGGAUCAUUAUGCGCGACCCUACGCUGGCGCUCUCGUCUAUGCCCCGGAUGCUUCCUCCGGAUCAUCGCAUUUGACGAAUCUACAACGUCCCCUGCCGGUGCGGAUCACCAAUUCACUGCCCCCAGCGAUCCGCCCCCAAGGAUCCUAUCCUGUCCAAACGAUGUACAGUUCGAUGCCGACGAUGAUGUACCCGACCGGACCGCCGCCAGGGGCUGUAGUCUACUCCCCAGGAGACACCCGGUUGGGGGGUCAGCGCUGUUUCCGAUGUGAUGGCAGGGGAGUGAACACUAUCUUACUGGUGGACGUCCCUUGUAAUCAGUGUCAUGGAGUCGGCAGGGUCUAUUCUUGACCCUGCAUCCAAUCCAAACAUCCAAUUCAUAAGCAGUGUAUCUUGUAAACAGCAAGUGACGAGCCACAAAUGCUGGUCAGGUCACAUGACCGUGAAUUCCUCUAACCCUAACCCCUGAUGUGCCUUCGCCUAAUUUUUCCCGAUCAGACACACUCUUUCCCUCCUCCCAAAAUGCCCAAAUCGAAGCGCUCGAAGAUCGUGACACUCUCAAAGGUCGGGAAGAAGACGAAGGAGCAGAAGGGGGCGAUGAUCCAAGAUCUACAAGCCAACUGCGAAAAAUGGAAGUACUGCUGGCUGUUCCAAGUCGGUUCCAUGCGCAACACACAUCUGAAAACCGUGCGCAAAUUAUGGAAAGAUUCUGCACGGAUAUUCUUUGGGAGGAGUGCGGUUAUGGCAAAAGCUCUCGGGACAACACCAGAAGAAGAGCAUCGAACGGGAAUAUCAAAAUUGGCCAGCAAAAUACAAGGCCAGGUCGGCUUACUGUUCACCGACUCCGAGCCAGAAGAAGUGCUCGAAUGGUUCGCAGACUUCCAACAACCCGACUAUGCACGUGCAGGGAACAAGGCGAGCAAGAGCGUCACAAUACCCGCCGGGCCUGUGAUGCGACACUUCUCCGAUCCUCCUGAGCCGUUCCCCCACAACGAGGAGCCACAGCUGCGGAAACUCGGUCUCUCGACGUACAUGGACAAGGGCGUGCCGAGCCUGCACAACUCGCACAAGCUGUGCGAGCAGGGCAAGACGCUGACCGGCGAGCAGGCCCAGCUGCUCAAGCUCAUGGGGCACAAAAUGGUUACGUUCCGCGUCGCGAUGGUGUGCAGAUGGACGGCCGCCACCGGAGAGUUUGUGGAGAUCGAGGGUCAGCAGCUGCCUGCCGACGAGAUCGCAGACGCUGAUGAAGAGGGUAUGGACGACGAGUAGAUGUUGCGCUCUGUGUAUUUUUCCAUGUUCGUCUCUGUAAUACACCGGUGAUAAUCGAUAAACCAUCGGCUCCGUAGACGAUCCGUUCUGUCCUUCGUCCAAACGAACGUCCCGCUUGUUCGUGAACGAGUAUACACACUCUUUCCAAUUCGGGAAACGUAAGACAUCUGCUUCUCUACUGCCUCCAUGCGGUUCGGAUUCCCCGCGGCAGCCACCGUGGGCCUGUCAGCCCAGACCGUUCUCCAAUCCCCAUCUACUGGCAUGGCGCGCAACAACAACACCAGUUUCGCGCUCAAGCAGGCCUUCAACAUCUUCUCGCCCCAAGACUUGAUCGAGCUCGGGCGCCCAGGCACCGGCGUCGCGAAUGAGGCGGGGGAUCUGGCUCUCGUUGCCUACAGCCAGUACUCCUCCAAGGAGAAGAAGAACCAGAAAUCGGUGUAUCUUGUCGCCCUGGAGGGCGAGACCAAGACGCUCGAGAUCCCUCUAGCCAAAGGCGGAGAGGUAUUCUGGCUGGACAGUCGCACCAUCGCGCACGCGGUGGAAGGCGACGGGAACACGGAACUGUACACGCUCGACCUCAAAUACGACUCGGACUCGUUCGUUUCGCAAUCACCAGCUCUCGUUGGAUCGUUCCCAACCACGUCCCCGACUAAUUUCAUCUACUCGCUGUCUGCGAGCACGCUCGUGUUCUCGGAUGGCGUGUACCCCGACGGCAACCUCUCGUCUGUCAAGGAGCAAGACGACGCCUGGGAGAAUCGCGGGAACACCGCCCUUGUCUAUGAUGAGACGUACGAGCGACACUGGGACACAUGGAUCACACCGAAGUCUAAUUCGCUAUUUUCGGUCGGCUUGUCGCGUGGGACCGAUGGCAAAUGGACUCUGGGCACGCAAUUCAGCAAUCUUCUGCAAGGCACCGGUCACAGCUCGCCUGUGGAACCAUUCGGUGCUACAGAUGACUUCUCGGUUGCGCAAUCUUCAGUGCUGUAUACCACCAAGGACCCCAUACUUCCGAAAGCAUGGCACACGAAGCAGAAUGUCUAUCUCGUCAGCACGUUGGAGCCUGGGAGCCCCAAGGAGCUUACCUCCGGCAAACAAGGUGCCAUCCAUAGUCCCGUUCUGAAUUCGGAUGCCACCAAAGCUGCAUGGCUGGAGCUCGCUGAAGAUGGAUACGAAGCUGACAAGGCCAACAUUGUCAUCUACGACAUCGUCAAGAAUGUCCGCUUCACUUUGACUCAGAAAUGGGAUCGUUCUCCAGACGCUUUGAAGUUCUCCUUGGACGGAAAAUUGAUCUACUUCACGGCUGGUGAUCAUGCGCGCGUCAAAGUCUGGGUGCUGCCAGUGCCUCCCACACCGGCCGAAUCCACGGAACACCCCGAUCUGCAGCCGAAAUACUACACGCCUGUCCCGAUCGUCUCGAGUGGCGCAUCGUCCGGUAUCCAACUGCUUCCCAAUGGCCGAUUGCUCUUCUCCCGGUCCUCGCUGUCGGCGCCUAAUGAUCUAUACAUCAUCCGGGAUCUGUCCCAAUUCGAAUCGCUCGUCGCGACGAGCGAGGAGAGUAUCGCAUUCGACGGCAAGAUCGAGCAGCUGACGCAGUUCACUGUCGCUGCGCUUGGAGGGAAGAACUUGCACGAGGGCGAAUCUUUCUACUUCAAAGGCGCCCUGGACAAAGAUGUGCAGGGCUGGAUUGUCAAGCCCCCGGGCUACAAGGACAGCGAUGAGAAGAAAUGGCCGAUUGUGUUUCUGAUCCACGGAGGACCCCAGGGUGCUUGGGAAGAGCAAUGGUCGUCUACGCGCUGGAACCCGAAUAUCUUUGCUCAGCAGGGUUACUUUGUCGUCGCCAUCAACCCGACUGGGAGCACGACCUUUGGACAAGAGUUCACUGAUGCCAUCACGGGUGAUUGGGGAGGAAAGCCUUUCGUCGAUCUGCGCGCUGGAUGGCAGCAUGUGCUCGAUAACUAUCCUCAAAUCGAUGCAGACCGUGCUGUAGCUGCUGGGGCCAGUUGGGGUGGAUAUGCCAUCAACUGGAUCCAAGGUCAUCCUGAAUAUGGCUUUAACUUCAAGGCUCUGGUCUGCCACGACGGUGUGUUUGACUCGACAUACAACGGCUUCACGACCGAAGAACUCUACUUUUUCAACCAUGACUGGCGUGGCCGUCCGUGGGACCCGGAAGCGAAAGAGCUGCUCGACAAAAUGAGCCCGCAUAGAUUUGUGGACAAGUGGAGCACCCCGCAACUGUUGAUCCAUGGGAGCAAGGAUUACAGACUGGCCGAAACCGAAUCGAUCGGAGCGUUCCAUGCUUUGCAGCAAUUGGGUGUGCCGACUCGUUUGGUGAUAUUCACGACCGAGAACCACUGGGUGUUGAAUCACGGGAACAGUUUGAAAUGGCAUUACGAGGUCUUCAAAUGGUUCGACGAGUUUAUCGGUCCGGUAUAAACGAAACAAGUAGACGAUAUCUAUUGUAUGGCAGAAAUUUG